CUCCUCCUCCCCUUCUUAUAAAACAAGCCCUUGUCGUUAGUCAGCAGUUUGGACAAGACACUAAGUUGUAUUCCCAGCCUGACGAUGAAGAAGACACUAAUAGUGAUAUUUAUUCAGAUGUGGACACUGGCGGUGAUGACCGCAGGGCAGCUUCAGUGCGACCCACAGAUUCAGUACCAGAAAAACGGGCAAUGCUGUCAAAUGUGUCCACCAGGCACCAGCAUGUCGUCCUUCAGCGCGUGCACAGAGCCUCUUUGCCUCGACUGCGACGAGGACGAGUAUCAGGACGCGUUCACCACAGAGGCCAAGUGUAAACGUCAGCCGUACUGCGACCCGAACAAAAACUUUGAGUUCGUGAAGCAGGCGAGCAAAAAGCAAAAAAGCGUGUGCAUGUGUCAACGCGGGUUCCACUGCUCCAGUGGCGCCUGCCUCACCUGCGUGCCCCACAGGCCUUGUGAGCCCGGAUGGGGGGCGAUAGUUCAAGGGAAUCAAACCCACGACACAGUGUGCCACAAAUGCCCCCAAGGAUCUUUUUCCGACGAGAGCUUGUGGGACGCCGACUGCGCGCUCUGGACCAAGUGCGAGAGCGGUUACCACGUCGGGCGGAGCGGGUCGGACAAAUCGGACGUGGUUUGCGAGAAAAGCCGGGGUCCACAUGUCGCCAUCGCCAUCGUCUUUUUACUUGUGGUCUUUGUCGGCCUCAUAGCUGCAAUCGUGGUCUGUCUCUCAAGAGGUAAAGAGGCACAGAAAAAGGUGGACCUCAGUGAAGUCCGUGUGCAAAACCCGCUCAUAGAAGCAAACUCUGAGAGUGAGGCGCCAGGCGUGGAAGUGGUCCCACCAGGACGCCCGUUGGUCGUAACGCAGCCCUCGCCGGAGGACGCCGCCCCAGGAGUUCCCGAGGAGAUCAAGGACGAUCCGAGAGAUCGACUCCUCACAGUAAACGGAAACUACGUGAUGCAGGAGAACGGGAAAGCCGAAGUCCUCUCCUGCCAGGAAUCCCAAAGCGGGACUUUGGGAUGACGACCACGUCAUUUAGGACCGUGACGCCGAUAACUGAAGGCAAUUUUUGUCAUCUGAGUUAAGUUCAAGUACCCAUGAUUGUCACACACACACUAGGUGUGGCAAAAUUAUUCUCUGGGAGGUGAGGGGAGCAGUGAGCAGCAGCGGUGGCCACGCCCUAGAAUCAUUUUUGGUGAUUUAACCCCCAAUUCCAACCCUUGAUGCUGAGGAGGUAAUGGCUCCCAUUUUUAUAGUCUCUGGUUGAUGUGAGAAAGUGAAUGCUAAUGCUAAUGCUAAAGCUAACUUGCUUGUUUUCUCGUACUUACCAACAAAGUACAUGUACAUUGUUCUAUUCUACUUAUAAAAAGUAAGUUUUGUUUGCUAAAAUACUUGACUACGUGUUAUGUAUUAAAACGGUUUUGAUUAGAAAAAGUUUGGCUUGAAUGAAAAUGUACACACUUAGAAGGUUAUUAUACAUAGUUGUGGUCAAAAGUUGACAUACUCUUUACAAGUGUGUGUUUCCAAAGUCCUGACUUAAACAUGUGGACAAUGCUGAAGAAACAAGUCCAUGUAAGAAAACCAACACAUAUAUCUGAGCUGCACCAAUUGUGUCAAGAGGAGUGGUCAAAAAUUCAAGCAGAAGCUUGUGGAUGGCUACCAAAAGCGCCUUAUUGCAGUGAAACUUGCCAAAGGACAUUAGAGCAAAUAUUAACAUUGCUGUAUGUAUACUUUUGACCCAGCACAUUUGCUCACACUUUCAGUAGACCCAUAAUAAAUUCAUAAAAGAAGCAAA